AUGUCUUUUCCCUUUUCUUCUAUAAGGAAGCACACCAAAUACAAUAAAAACGAAAGACUAAUGGAAGUAAUGGGACUUAUUUUACAUACAAAAUUCAACAGCCAAUACUUUUCAUUUUGUCUUUCUCACUUUUAUUCCCACAACUAUUUUCUCUUUCUCUCUCUUUAUAUAUCUCUCACUUUCUCCAUCUCUUUCUCUUUUUUCUUGGUCUCUUUCUCUCACUCUUUCUUUAUCUCCUUCUCUUCUUUUCUCUCUCUCUCUCUCUCUCUCUCUCUCUCAAUUUCUCUAUUUCUUUCUCUUUUUCUCUCUCAUACUUUCCCUAUCUCUUUCUCUCUAUUUCUCUCACUCACUCUCUUUAUCUCCUUCUCUUUUUUUUUCUCUCUCCUUUUCUCUCUCAUAUAUUUAUUUAUCUCUUUCUCUUUUCUCUCUUAUCCUCUCUCCUUCUCUUCUUUUCUCUCUCUCUUUCUCUCUCUCAAUUUUUCUAUUUCUUUCUUUUUCUCUCUCUGUUACUUUCCCUAUCUUUCUUUCUCUCUAUUUCUCUCACCCAGAGACCCCGGUCUCCUUCUCUUUUUCUCUCUCUCUCUUCUAAUUUUCUCUCAAGGUUUUAUUCUCUUUCUCUUUUCUCUCUCUCUCACUUUCUCUAUCUCUUUCUUUCUCUCUCUUCCUCUCGUUCACUUUCUAACAUUCUGA